AAUCCAAUUGCUAAUUAUCGUGCAGCUCUCGACCAUCUCAUCGGACUACAAGAAUGAUCAUUCAAAAAAUCCGCCGCGGUGAAAACUUGGACCAGCUCAUGACAUUACACAGCAGUUCGUGGCAUUUCACGUAGCUUUGUGACUGUUACGAAUUCCGAAUCGUGAUCACUCGAAUUCGUCGGAUCUUUUUGUAUGGCAAGAGAGGACCAGUGUUGACAAUGUCGAGAGCGUCGAAAUGAAGAACGGGUAAUUAUUUAUUGUAAUCAACCGACCUGAUCAUUUUGCACGGUCAUGAUAUAUGUCUAUACUCGAAGCUGGUCAUAGUGUUAUAUCAACAUGAAGUUACAUGAAUUUGAAGACUGCCUUCGUCGAUAAAACGGUAGCCGCAAGUGGAAUUCCGUGAUAAUAGGAGAGCAUCAACAUUCCCGAUUGCUUCGAUCAUUUGAUACAAAUAUCUAAACUCCAGAGAAAUGGAUGGUCGGGCGGAGCGUGGAGAUCAAACGGAGGGUAAAGAAAUGCGAGUGCGUAAAUUCGUCGGACCCGCACGUGCCGGAUUAUACGUCACCGCGAAGAGGAAAAACAAAGAAAAGCAUCGCACGCAGUACGGCGACGAGCGGUGAGUCGCCGCACAUUCGCUCGGCCGCGAUAUGACGUAUUUAGAGUAUAAAAGCGGCAGAAGAAAGCGCUGAUUCUCCGAGAGGGGGUUGUCAGAGAUGAAGAGAGAUGAGGAAGAGAGAAGGCAGCUGCGGCAGAGGUCGAAGGGGACGAUGGACGAGGAACGAUCUCCUCGGCCAUGGCUCGAGUCGACGUGUCGGUUCGGUAUGCCAGUGAAGCGCUAUGAUCCGACUCCGGUUCGGUCGUCGUCGGAAACCGAGGUGACUUCUGCAUCGGCUCAUUAACGAGUGCGAGUCAAAAGACACGGUAACGUCGAGCGGCUUGUCGCGCGGCACACGCAUCGAGAUCGCGCGAAAAAAGCCCGAUUUGACCCCGGCUCGUGCGGUCGGUUUUACUUUCGUUUAUGUCCCCGGCCGACGCGAACACACAUCGCGCUCCGCAUUGGUCCACGAAGCACGCCGUCGCUCUCGUUUUAAUCUAGUUCGCAUUCCGUUUUCUACAAAAUCAUGAAAUGGCCUGCAAAUCACUCCGAGGAUUUGGUGUUAAGGAAUGUAGGCGACGAAAGCACGGAUCAAAAUAAUAACAUAACUAUGACGAGUGAGGAUCUAUUACAGCCUGGCCAUGUGGUCAAGGAACGUUGGAAAGUUGUGAGGAAGAUAGGCGGUGGUGGAUUUGGUGAAAUUUAUGAAGGUCUUGAUCUAAUGACAAAGGAACAAGUUGCGCUAAAAGUGGAAUCUGCACGACAGCCCAAGCAGGUCCUAAAAAUGGAAGUAGCUGUAUUAAAGAAAUUACAGGGUAAAGACCAUGUUUGCCGCUUUAUCGGCUGUGGGCGUAAUGAUCGAUUUAACUAUGUUGUAAUGCAAUUACAAGGAAAGAAUCUAGCUGAAUUGCGUAGAGCGCAACCAAGGGGUGCUUUUUCACUCUCCACUACACUGCGCCUUGGUCUUCAAAUAUUAAAAGCUAUAGAAAGUAUUCAUCAAGUGGGCUUUCUGCAUAGGGACAUUAAACCUUCAAAUUUUUCGAUCGGUCGGCACCCGUACAACUCCAGAUUAGUAUACAUGUUAGAUUUCGGUCUAGCACGACAAUUCACGACUGGUACGGGAGAAGUUCGACCGCCCCGUGCCGCCGCGGGAUUUAGAGGAACCGUCCGAUAUGCAUCAGUCAAUGCACACAAAAAUAAAGAAAUGGGUCGGCACGAUGACUUGUGGUCGUUAUUUUAUAUGCUAGUAGAGUUCGUUAAUGGACAACUGCCAUGGCGAAAAAUAAAAGAUAAGGAACAAGUGGGUCUCAUGAAGGAGAAAUACGAUCAUCGAUUACUGCUAAAACACCUCCCAUCUGAUCUACGUAUCUUUUUAGAGUAUAUCCAGGGUUUGGAGUAUGCAGAUAAGCCAGAUUACGGUAUGUUGGCCGGUCUGUUUGAACGAUGUAUGAAACGUAGAGGCGUAAAGGCAAACGAUCCCUACGACUGGGAGAGGCCAUUAAUAGCUAAUGAAGGUUUAUCAACUACUAGAUCAUUACCUACAGUAACUGUGCCACCGGCGCUUACCACAGCUACUACUAUCAAUCAGCCUUCAGCAACUAUGCCAAAUGUGGAUACCAACAAUCAAGAGAACGUAGAGCCAGACAACAGAAAAGAGUUGGAUGCACAGCUGGAUUAUGAAAGUAUAUAUAGAAGAAAUAGACAACGUCCGAUUGAAGGGUCUCCGGUGCCAUUCGCUGCGACUAUUAGUAAUCAUGGUAGGGAUAAAAAUUGUAAUGCUACAAUACCAACGACCGAUAACACGCAUCAGCAAGUUGCACAGCAGGCUGUGCCACCUCCGCCAACACAAGGAUCUCCGAAAAAGCGACGCGCUGUGUCGAUGGCGGUAGAAUCUCAGGCUCCUGCGCCAGUAGAAAAGCAGGUAGAUAACGAAGGGGACGCGUUGAUGGCUUCCGCCCGUUCGGCAUCCGAAGUUCCUCGCCUUAAAAUGAUGGCAAAUGCAGCGGCACCACUUAGGAAAUCAGCAAGUGGCGCUACAUUUGCCCGUUUGCGUGUUGCAGCUACACCCGAGGGAACAUCUGGUGAAUUGCCAAGCCCUCGCAUACAGACGGAAGUCGACGCUUCUUAUUGUUCUUACGACGUAACUAAUACGAAAUACGUUGGCAACCAAAGUCCAGUAACCGAACAAAGGGAACCUCUUAGAAGAGAGCCAAGAAAAAGAGCGGACAGCCGGCAACAAGUAAGGGGCGGGCGUUCAGCGGUACGCGACUGUUCGAUUACGCAAUUUGCGCAAAUAGAUGAUGACAACGUAUCCGCACUACAGCAAGUGACGAAAGGCGGCGGUGGACUGACCUUGGCCUCGCAGUGGAAGUCGCAAUUCGAUGACUCCGAAGAAACUGACAACGAGUGGAAGGGCGAAAAUCUGCAGAGUCCUGAGCACAAAGGGAUCAACGUCCCGUCCAUACCGCCGCAGCCCGCAACCGCCAAUGAGGAUACAACUACCCCGGUGGCGGAUGCAAAACCGACCAAGACUCAGCCGAGUUCUUCGAAUGCGUGUCAACAGCAGCCUGUAAUUCCUACGGCAUUGUCCCGAAUAAGCGAGGAUUCUCCGAGACCAGCGGCGCCGCAUAGAUGUUUGAACAUCGCGGGUAUUGAAAAAUAUCCUGAACUGCAAGGAGCUCUUCCACGCGCUUGGAGUGUUCCAGCUUUGGCGCCGCAUGUGCGAGCUUAUCUAGAAGCUCCGUUGGUUCAACAAGCGGCAUUUGACGAUUUACUGUACGAAGUUGACGUAAUGAGGAAUGUUGCGACUCGCUAUGAUGAACCAAAACAAACACCGCCGGUGAGAAGAUCCAGCUUACCAGCGGUAGCGUUCUUCCUUCCUGAUGCGAUGUUUAACACACCUAGAGGUGAGGAGGAAGAAGAGGCAGUGGCAGGAAGACUGGAGAUAAGAGUGGUAGAUGCGACUGGUGGUGCUACGAUUGUGCAAACCAGUGCCGAUAGGGAACCAUUACAAAAGAAAUUAGCGAACGGUACGGCAGGUAGUCCAGCUAGUCCCAAUCCGGGACCAGAAGAGCCAUCGAUAUAUUACGACGCUACCGAGAAUCGACCAACUGCAAACGCUAGUUUGCAAAAGGAGACUAGUAUCACUACUGCCUCGACCACUGUACAAAAUGUAGUAUCCCAUCGUGAUAAUAAGGACAAUAACGAGAAGGAAACAUCUUGUAGGACAUACAUCGCUCAUAGUAAAAUACCGAUUCCCGUGAAAAGUCCAAGAUGCUCGUUAUCCGAGUCAACGCCCGAAACUAACACACCAAAUAUCAAGGCGGGAACUGGGGGUGAAGUAGAAAAAUUGCCGGUGCCUAUGGCUGCAACUAAGGAAAAAGAUAAUACUGUCAGAGGUAAACCAUUGACAGUACAUGUGGAAGCGCCAGCACAUUAUCGUCGCAUGCCAUUAUCUGACGCUAGACCAAUCAUGUCACCUUUAACUUCAGCCAGCUCUGCAGAAGAUGAAAAUUUAACCGGAUGUACACCCGCUUUGCGUCGCCGAAGACAAAGUGAAAAGUAUGUGACAGACGCUAGUCAACUCAAUCUGCAGUUCCAAAGACCGCAACAUAGAACGAGACCACAAUCCGAGGUAUUGCCGAGACUCUCUCCUAGAGGAGUACCCUCGCACCUUUUACGGGAGCCAGGUAAAAAGUCAGAGGAAAGCAGUGAGAGUGAUUCUAACAGUAGUGGACCACCAAGAUCUGCUCGUCAACCGCCCCCGCCGCCUACAUCAUUGCCACCUCACAUAGCAGAGAACAACGCUAGAUGUCGCCGUUAUUGGCCCAUACCGGAUGCGACGGUCGUUAGCAGAGAAUCGUGAGAUUUGGUGUUCAAAAUGACAAAUAGUCUCAGUUUGUGUUAGGAACAAGAGAAGGCUUUACUGCUCAACCAACUGAGAAUGUGAUAUCAUUUGGGGCAGCGAAAACAUGCAAUCUUUCUAAUCAGUAUGUCAUCGGAUACGCGGAAAUUUCAGUAAGAGUGCAUAUCUGUGUAUCUACGAGGGCAGAACGAGUAGCUGUUCGUUUAACGUGCGAAGAUGUAGCUGUCUGUGAGUGCGUAUUUAAGUAAUACCGCUUUAAUUAACUACUGAAAUUCUUUUGAGCGAGUUCUUCAGAGAAGAAUGUCUUUUCGAUCAUGUCCGGGACAUGAGACGCUCAAUGAAUUUCAGUAAAUUGAAUAAGAGCGUGUGCAACGCGUUGCUUUUAGUGUACAAACAGUACAACAGUUCGAUCGUCCCGUCAAAUUUCAAAUAAUCGUGAAUUUGUGAAAGAUGCUCUCUCUCUCUCUCUCUCUCUCUCUCUCUCUCUCUCUCUCU